CUCAAAACAACUUUGCACUAACGGGUGAAAACUUAGCGAGUUUUAACGCGAUUGACAUUACGUAUAACACAGACAUGGGGUCGGACAGGUCGCGCUCCGUGUAUAUUUACGGAACAUUACUUAAGUGGCGUAAUCGCAGGUGAGUAUGGAGAGGACUCGCCAGUUGUUUUGUUGGUGCGAGCAAGGCGAUGUUAUUUCUGUACAGACCUAUUUGGAGAGCGGGGUGGAAGUGGACUGCACCGACGACGACGGCAACACGCCGCUGGGAAUCGCCGCGGCCAACGGCCACGAGAGUGUCGUCCGAGUUCUCAUCAUGAAAGGCGCCGCGUUAGACAAGCCCAGCAUCUUUGGUUGGACUCCCUUAAUGCAGGCCAGUCGACAUGGGCACGUCAAAGUGGUUGCAGCACUUCUUCAGAACCAGGCCGAUGUUAAUACUGUCACUCGGUAUGGUGUGUCAUCAUUGAUGCUGGCAGCACGAGGCGGUCACCUGCACACCGCCCGCAAGUUGGUGGAGGCCGGGAUCGAUCUCAAUGGGUUGGGGAGGAUAUGUGAAUUCACACCGUUGAUAGCAGCGGCACAGCAUGGACAUGAUGCUGUAGUGCGGUUCAUGCUCGAUCGAGGUUUUCAAGUGAACUACCAGACUGAGUCUACGAGUCUUUCUCCGCUGAUGGUUGCCGCGUUGAAUGGACACAUGACCACAGCACAGAUUCUCAUUGAACGGGGCGGAGAUCCCAACCUUACAAAUGUAAACCAUAAAACUGCAUUAGAAAUUGCAACCAUUUGUGAUAAAAGAGAAGUAAAAGGGUACCUGGAUCGAAAGACGACCAAUAAACCUCAAGUUUCUCCUGAUGAAGUGAAGCCAGAUAUUAUUUACGCAUCCAAACAUGGUGAUAUUCAGCGAAUCCGAGAACUGUUAGAGCAGGACCUCAGUCAGAGGGAUGCCAGCUCACCACAAGAUGGCGCCACCCCACUGAUGUUUGCCGCAAUGGCUGGCCGGCUCGACAUCGCGGAGCUGUUGCUGGUCCAUGGCUGCGACAUCAACAAGCAAGACACAAUCAGCGGCUGGACGGCUCUGAUGCAGGCGACGUACCACGGGAAGAAGACUGUUGCAAUGUUCCUACUCAACAAUGGGGCUGAUGUUAAUAUCCAAGCUAAAAAUGGCUGUACUGCAUUUGAUAUGGCCUCUCUUAUUGAUGAUGUUGACACAGAAUUGUUACGACUGUUGGCUUCAAAGGCCAUGCAGGUAACUAAGCUGGAUAAGACGAAGAAGAACUGGGUCAAACAAAAUGGCAGUGUUUGUGCCACGCUCCCUCCAGACUUCAGCAUGGAAGAUCAACCAAAGAGUGGUUUGAAGGCCUGGUGGAGCAGAUUAUCUAAUCGAUUCCGGAACUUGAAACUGGGUCGUACAUUCAGCAUGCAGAACCGCUUGAAUCCGAUGCCUCUUCAUACCUCAACAUCUGUGCAAGACCUCACACUGAAACCCCCUAAAUCUCCUGAGUUGCAGAUUCAGUCGGCUCGAGUGGAAACAAAGAAACUGCUGGACCCAAUGCCAACUGCUUUAUCAAUGACAAGCUAUGAAUGCAUGAUGCUUGAGACGAAGAAAAGUGCAUCUGUGUACACGCUGGAUAUUAAUCCCCCACAUUCUACGCUGGCCAAUGAAACUCUGAAACCAGUAAUUCCCCCAUUUUUACCUCCUCCCACCUUCGCCUUGGAUGGAACCGAUCAAAGCCGCAAAAUGUACAACUGGCAGAAUUUAAAGUCAUCGGAUGAAGACAGCAGUAGCACACUGACGUCAAACCAGACCGUUGGCAAUCCAGUGAAGAUGUUUGAAAGUCGACCACCAGGUAACUUCAUUCAGGAACCUCUGUUUGUGCCGAGUCCUCACAUUCCAAUCUCUCGACCGCCGUUUAUGCCGCCUCAUCCCACGUCAAGACUUUUCAUGCCAAGGCGAAAGUCUUCGUCUGUUCCAGCAGUGUUUAGGAAUGUUUCCACGACAACAUCACCAAACAGUUCAACCAGUGGUAGCUCUUCUGUCACUCCCCAGAGGUCCUCACAUGGCAAAAGCGCAUCAUCCAAAGAUAGCACUACCUCAACUUUAACCCCUUCUCCCUCACCAACACCGGGCAAGACUGGAGAAGAAACUGGACCAGCACUUGAUUGUCUGAGGGAAUCAACUCACAGUGAUGAAAUCUCGGGUAUUCUGAAGAAACUCUCCCUAGAGAAAUACCAUCCUAUCUUUGAGGAGCAGGAAGUUGACAUGGAAGCAUUCCUCACGCUUACCGACGGAGACCUCACAGAACUCGGGAUUGUUCAUAAUGAAUCUCGGCGACAGAUCCUUACUGCAAUUACAGAACUUAACACGGGAAAGGGUCGCGAACGACAGCAGUUUCACGACAGCAUGGCAACAUUUCAGACGACUAUGAGAGCCCGAGUGAUAACUGACGGAAGUGAGCCUUCUUAAUGUUCCGACAACAGCAGUAAUCUCAUUGGCUGGGCCAUGCAUGAAGACAGAGAUCCCCAUUUACCAUCAGCCAAAUCUAGGUCAUCUUAGCAGCAAGUGUGUCCAGUCGGAUGUCCCCUACUAUAUUCAGUGGUAAAAUUAACCAAUGAAGACCGAUAAUACCGGUAUUGGAUGCCAGAUGUAACCAACCAGAUGUGAGCUACCAGGUUCAGUUUUAAAAGUAGCUCAUGGAGAGUGGUAAUCAUGGCAACCUGGAGUAACCAAUCAAAUGUCAUCUGUCAUAUCCAUUUGCAAAAGUAUUCAGUAAAAACUGGAAAUCACUGACUUUUAACCAAUAUGUGACAAGUGUGACGUUUGUCAUCUGCAGACAUUUCUGUAGAACUCGGAGGGUAUGCUAGAAGUAUGUAUCGGAUAACCGAUUGCUUGAUUGAAUGAACGAACAAAUUUGUUAGUCUUAACUGUAAUAACAUCUAAUAUGUUUACAAUACAGGCCUCAUUGUUUUAAAUUUGAUGGGAAACACUUUUUCCGUUUCAUCAGUUUCUGUGUAAUCAUCAGAACCCAUAGAAAACUGUUUUUCAGUAAUCGUGGCAAUGUUAGAUGAUAAUGGGUAACAAUAUUUCACUUUAUGACAUUCGAGGCCUGCAAUAAAGUGUCAUAAUUUUCUUUUAACUUAUGUAAGAUUCUUUAUAUAUAAUUUUGGUGCAGUGUUAAAAAUCCCAAACAGUCAUUUAGAAAAUCAUGUUGGACUCAACGAAUAUUAAUUUACAUCGGAGGAAACCCUGACCGUGUGGAGAGAUAGGCUGUGAUUUUUCUCUCACCUUUUCGGAGAUAAGAGGUAUUACUUUUGUGAUCGUGGGGGCUGCAUCAACUUCUGCAUUAAAGUUUUACCUUUAAAUCCAAUUCUGACAAACGUUGACUUCCUAGAUGAAGGAAACUUGGUUUAUUGUUGUAUAUAUGGACGUUCAUCACGGUGCAUUGAAAACCUUUAUAGUAAGUGAGACAUUUAAUUCUGCAGAAUUUUUUUCUUUCUAAAACUUUACUUUCCCAACCACUGCAAAAAAACCCAACAUACCUUGAAAAAAAAUUGUAAUAUAGUCCACAGCAAAAAUUGCCAUGGAGAAUGAAAACCUUCACAGCAUUGCCGAUUGCCAUGGGCAAUUGCAGCGGUUGCUUUCUUUAUCCUAUUGGCAUCUGCUUUUGCAUUCGGGUCCACUUUACAUUUGUCCGAAACUACAAAGUGUUUGCUCAUCUAGAUUUAAUACACAAGCACACAUGUAAAAGAAUAUAAUUCAGUAGACUGCUGUGGAAUUAUGAUAUGCAAGACAGGCUCAGGUAUUAUCAAACUGCAGUCGAAUUUAUUAUUUGAAAAUGUUUCCAACAGUUGAACACAAAAGUGUGUAAGGCCAGGGUAUUAUCAAACAUUGAUUGAAUUUUUCAGUUGUAAUAAAUAUAUUAAAUACCAGUACUUUUAAAAAAAGAAGUUAAUUGUAGACAUAUGUAUUUGUAGUUAACCCUUGAAACAAAAUUAUCAUUAAUAAUAUGAUAGUAGUAUCAUGAUGAUGAAUAUAAGUUAUUAGGGUAUGUUUUUAUGUAUGUUUGUAAUUGCUUUUGCAGUUAAGAUGAAAUAUCUUGUUGUUGAUUAUUGUUACUUUUAAAAACUACACAAAUGUAACAAAUAUUAAUAAUUCUACUUAAUUUUAUAUAAUAUGUGUAUUAACUUGUGUUUACCAAAAGAUUGCCUAUGAGAUAUAAAGGUUUGAUUUUAUCGUAUACAUGUAACUAUUAUAGAACUUUAGUGCAAUCUUCAAAACAUAUCACAUUUUAAAGCUUGUUGACAGUUCUGUAUGUUGCCAUUAAAAAAAUGGCAUAUGUUUUUUUUUUAUAAAGUUAAUUUUAAUAUUGUAUUUUUAUACAUCGGUAGGCAAAACAAAAGUAAUAGGAAAACUAAAACCUUGUAAUGAAGUAAACAUUACCCAUUGCAAAUAACAGUGUGGAAUUGAUUUUUAUGAACAGCAAAACCAUGUACACAAUUUUUUUUACAGUAUUAUCUGAAUGAAUUGCGUUAACCAAUCAGUAUGAAAUUUAGUGUGUGUUUGGUAAUCAAAUGUUUUGUCAACAGAUGGUUUACCGAUAGAGUUUUUACUGACAGACAGUGGUAUCCCUUUUCAUAACUUUAUCCCUAUGCAUAACCAUUUGUUGGCGAAGUCUUUCACAUUAAUUUUUGGAAAGGUCUGGGUGCAUUUAUCUAUUAACUUAUUAGCUGCAUAAUGUGCAGACAUAUUGUCCUUGUGUACAUGUAUUCUUAACUAUCAAGAAUUUGUUUUUUAACAUAUUCGUAUUCCGUCCAAACUUCUUCUUUUUCAGAAUAUUUUGAAAUACAAAAUACAGUUUUAACAUUUUCCGUCCAUAUUUGUCUCUCAAUAUUUUGUAACACACUUUACAUUUUGACAUGUUUUGUGCAAAAUUUUCUUUGGACUAUGUAGUGCUAAGUAUUACCAUUAUAACAUUUUCCACCCAAAAAUGUAUUUAAAAAAAAAAAAUUCUAUAAAAUACUUAUCCUGCAAUCAGUAUACACAUUGGCAAAAUAUAAUUAAUAUCUGUUGUUUUGGGCAGUGAACAAAUUAUAGGUUAUGCGACAAAAGCCUGACUUUUUAUGAUAAUAAAAUGUGUUGUUUUAGUCAAUGGUGUGAAGUAGCUGGAAGAUCAAUGAAAUCGUGUCAUUUUGCAUUUUUAACCUAACAGACAGUUUAAUAAAUAACAAUUUGUGUCUAUGUAAAGGCAACAAAACUCACAUAUAGAUCUGUUUACGAAUUUGAGUUUAAAAACACUUAAUUAUAAAUGUGACAAAUUGUAUCUAGUAUCUUAGAAUGAUGCCAUUAAUUUUGUAUGAUGUCUUAGUGCAGUAGACUUGCUAGAGGAAUGCUACACAAUUUGUAAAGCAAAAUUAGAAUAAAUGUGAUUUUAUAAUUGUUCUUGUUAGAUUGCAGGAUAAACAAAAUAACUGGUGCCUGCCUUAUAAUUUCAGCUUCAGCCUGUUUAAGUUAAAUGACAGAACUCUCAGGAUUUCUGCCAGGAAAUAAUUUGAGGGUAUGGUAUGUAAUCAAACUAAAACCAAAGCAUACAUUCAAGUGCCCUUACUAGAUAGCUAUGGGCUUGAACUGUUUUGAAAUCGCACACUGCAUUUCAUGCACUUUCCCAUUUUUAAACUAUAGGUCUUUUAUUAUCAUGUAUUUUAAAAUUAUAAAAAUAUUAUUAAUUUCCAAGAUUUUAGGGUAUGUAAGCUUUUACUUUUAUUUAGUACCCUCUGGCAGAAAUCUAUCUACUGACAUUUGUUCAUCUACAUGUAUUAUGUAUAUUUUAACACUUGAUAUUUUUGCUCCAAUACUGAAUAUAGUUUACUUUUUUAGCGUGGACUCAUUUUGUGCAUUAUCAUUUGUUGUUCUCACUACAGUAAUUUAUAUACAUGUUCAUGUGAUCAUUGUCAAAUACAGUAACAGUUAUAAUUAUACCAUUUUGAGAUGGAAGUUUUUGUAAGAACCAUUAGGAAACAUAACGUUUUGGUUAAAAAACCAGUCAGAAAUGAAAGUUCCAAACUGUUUGUAAGUUUCGUCAGAAGUGUACGAUACAGAGGGGCAUAGGGUGGGACAAAACCUCAAAUUCCGGCAAAAAUGAGAGAUAUUUAGGCAAAAUGUGCUAACUUGAGACUGUUUUUACCAUGUAUAUCCAUCUUUCUACCCUAAAAAGUAGUUAUGAUUAAUGUAAAAAUGUGUAGUGAUUAGUUUACAACCCUAUAUACAUGUAGUUGUUUGGUAGUAAUGCUAAUAUUAAUAAAUGUUAUCCAGAUUCAGGCAUUUUUGUUUAAUUCUGGCAAAAACCAUAAAAUUGGGAGCCUGUACGCCUAUCAGUUUCGUUAUAAAAUAGCAACACAUUUUAUUUUAAUUAAAAGUGCAGUAUCGAAGCGCAUAAAGUAUGUAUUAAUUUUUGUUUUUAAAUGUAAAGAAAACCUCUUGAAUUUUUUGCUCAUAAAAUAUUACGACCAAAUAAUUUUAUUUUUUAGUAAAUAGGUAAAUGUUAGAAAAUACAUAGAGGGUAAUCGACAGGUUAUCUUCAUUCUUGUGAUGUCACAGUGUGAAUCUGAAUCGCUUCACUGCACAGACUAGGCACUGGAUCUUUUGAUGGAUUUUGUGUGACAUCGUUAUAGAUUUUCUAUGCAUGUUUAUUGGCAGGACAUUACUAUCCUGAUAGUAUUGAGUUAAUUAUGAAACAAUUUAUAUGGGAUUGAUUAAUUUGCAGUUAUUUAUUACAAAUAAUAUCAAAAUAUGGCAAAUGCAUACCAUUUUGAAAUACACAUCGAUCAAUUGCUUGGUGCCAUUCUGAAAUUAAAGAACUUUACAUAUUCAUAUACAAUGGGACAAAAAGUCCAUCUUAAGGUCCAUGUGUGAGGAAUAACUCCCCCAUCCCAUUUUCUACAAGUCUAAUAAAUCACCUCUCUAUUCCACGAAAUAUGAUAAUUUAGUGGAACUGCCCAAAUGAACAAGAUGUAUAUUUUUUAAUAACAGGUGUAUAUACAUUUUAUUCGUCUUUUCACAUGUUUUGAAAUUAUUUGUGACCACCAUUUUAUUUUUAUUAAGUGUUAUUUUUGUAUGAGGUUUAAAUAUAUUUACUGUAUAUAGUGUAAAAAUAUUCAUAUCAUCAUUAAAUAUUGUAAUAUAAAUAACAUCAAAACCAAAUUACACACGUGUUAUGUGUUAAACUCAAUUGCUGGAACCAGAAGUUCAAAAUACUGUUAUGAGUUUUAAACUAAAUAGCUGGAACCACAAUUUCUGUAAAUACUGACAGGUAGUAGUGUCUGUGUUUUGGUAGGCUCAUAGAUGGAUUAAAAAAUAACUUACUAUAGUCCUGUUCAAUUGUUUAGACCCUAAGUUUUUUGCAAAUGUUACGUUUAAUUCCUAUUCAUUGAAUCUUUGUUUUCUUUACAUUUGCAUGAAAACAAACCCAAACCCUGACAGGUUUUAUAUACAAUUCAUCAUCUAAAAUGCACAACAUUUAGAGUCUAAACAAUUGAACAGGACUGUAGUCCAUGAUUGGUAUAGAUAACACUUUUGAAUGAAUCACUGAAGCAGUGUUCUCAUUAUGCAAUUUAGCGCAUAUGAUUUUUCGCGAGAAAUGGGACAUGUUAUAAUCAGUAUGGCUCUGACACGACUUGUGUGUUCUCACGAUUUGGUGCAACUAAUUGUGUAAUGAGAACGUCCCUUUUACCAGUAUCUUGUAUAAAACACUGUGAGAUGAGGUUGUUGAAAUAGAAAGAUGCCAUCUCAGUAUUAACGUGAUAGGAAAGGCUUUAUUUAACAUGUCCUGGAAGAGAAUCGGUGAUUACAUACAACCGGUACUUUCAUUUCAACUUAUUUUUGUGCUUAUAUCCAAUUAAGGUUCAAGCACGCUGUCCUGGGCACACACCUCAGCAACCUGGGCUGUGUCCAUGACAGUGGGUUAGUUGUUAGUGGUUAGUGAGAG